GGUGUCGGCUACGAUGCAACUUUUAAUGAAAGGCACACAAUGGAAUUUCAUUUCGAGGAUUUUUAACAAUUCAAUUGGAAUUCGCACAGAAAAUUUUUCUUGGCCAAGACUAAGCCAGCAUGACCUUGCACUUAAAAUGUUCUUUUUGCAAAAGAAAAUGAAAUUAAAAAAAAACCCACAUUGUCACAUUCCAAGUGUGUGACAAUUCAAAUUCGGGGUAGGAAUUGAUCCGAUUUGAAGUUACUAUCGAUAACUUGACUAUAAAAGCAUUGUGAUAGUCAAAUUGAAAUCAGUACGAACUCACUGUUCAAUCAACACUAUCAACCCACUAUCAACCAACAACAAAAAAAAAUUAAUCAAAUCUAAUAUGGCAUUCAAGUUUAUUGCUUUCUUCGCUUGCGUCGCUGUUGCUAGCGCCGGACUUCUUCCAGCUGUUGCUCCAGUUGCUGCUGUUGCUCAACCUCUUUUGGCCAGAGCUGAACCUUAUGAUCCUUACCCACAAUACAGCUACGGAUACGACGUACAAGAUUCGCUUUCUGGAGACAGCAAGAACCAAGUUGAGACCCGUGAAGGAGAUGUUGUCCGCGGUCAAUACUCGUUGAACGAUGCUGAUGGUUACAGACGUAUUGUGGAUUACUCUGCUGAUUCAGUCAAUGGAUUCAACGCUGUUGUCCGUCGUGAACCUCUCGGUGUUGCUGUUGCUGCUGCUCCAGCUUUGAUCAAGGCCGCCCCAGCACCACUCGCCUAUGCCGCCGCUCCAGCUUUGUUGAAAGCCGCCCCAGCACCACUCGCCUAUGCUGCCGCUCCAGCUUUGUUGAAGGCUGCUCCAGCACCAUUUGCUUACUCAGCUCCUUUGUUGAGGAGUGCUUCAGCUCCAUUAGCUUACUCUGCUGCUCCAGCUUUGUUGAGGGCUGCUCCAGCGCCACUAGCUUAUGCUGCCGCUCCAGCUCCAUUGGCUUAUGCUCAAGGGCCAGCGAUAGUGAAGACAAGCUUUGCAUCACCAAUCAUCUCGUAUGCAUACUAAAAACUGCGCCAAAUAUUAAGUCUGAAUGUUGUUGAUAA